CCCUACCCCCCUUGUCAUCGCGGAAACAGAAACUAACAUCAACAAAACAAAAUGGGGGCCGUGCUGGACACACCUGCGACGUGUCCUCUCUGUAACGAGUCAACCCGCGACCCGGUGGUGCUGAAAUGCAGCCACCGCUUCUGCCAGCGAUGCAUCGGAGAUCUGUGGAGCGUCACCCCCAACGGGCCGUUCCACUGUCCGGAGUGGAGGUGCAAAACGGUCUACCAGAGCCUCCCGUUUGACAGCAGCCUCAUCCGGCCGCCCACUCCUGCCCGCCCGGUGCAGGCACGCGGCUCUGCAGGGACGUCCAAUAAUGUGGAGCAAACAUCAUCCGACCAGAGACACAAGAGGCCCUCUCUGACCAGCCGGCUCCUGGGGAAGAGGAAAGCUAGCUCACAGAUUCCAGAUGAACCUGUCUCUAAGCGAUCCGAGUUGGCUUGUGGACCGUCCGGUGACCGGAAGCAGCCCGCUAUUAACACAUCACAAAAACCCGACGAUGCAGCUGGUGUGGGGACGUCUCAGGAAACAUGUGGUGGCCCACGUGCACGGUCAGAUCAAGGCGACGGACUUCCUGAGAAUGAAAGCGUUGGCCCGCGAGACACCUUAAAGAAGACGGCAGAAUCGGUGGAGGAGUCGGACACUUCCAGUGAGAUAGAUGUGUGCGAUGCACCUCUUGUGAGUCCAAAGCAGGCUACACAUACACCGUCAAAGAAACCUGCAACAGCCAGCAGCUCCGACUGCAGCGGCGGGCCUUCGGGUCAGGGUUUGUCUCGUGUAAACCAAGUUGGCGGGGCAUCUCCGGUGUCCCCUAAAAAACCAAAAUCUGCUUCAGGAUCCCCAAUCAACGUCGCCAUCUUCCUCCGACCAGAGAACAAACCCAGCACCCCCGUCCCUUGCCACUACUGCCCUAAAGCCAGGUGUCAGCCAGCAGUAAACACUUGUUUGGUGUGUGGGGCCUCCAUGUGCCAAGAGCAUCUGCGCCCCCACCUGGAAUCCCCAGUCUUCCAGAGCCACACUUUGGUGUCUCCAGUAGAGGACAUCUCCCUCUGGAAGUGUCAGGAGCACCAGGAAGUAAACCGGAUCUACUGUCGCCAGUGUGAAAUGUGCGUGUGCACCGUGUGUACGCUCAUUGGCUCCCACCGGGACCACGUCUGCAUCAGCAUCAGGGAGGCAGAGCGCGAGCUCCGGGCAAACUUGAAAGAAGAGAUCAAACAACUGCAGGACACCGAAGAGCAAGUGAAGACCAGAGUGAGCCAGCUCGGAGAGAAGAAAGAAACAUCCAGAAUUGUUCUAACCGAGGCUCAGGAAAGUGUGAAGCAGCAGUAUGGAGCCAUUCGGGAGGCUUUGGACCAGGAGGAGCAGUCGGCUCUACAGUGCAUCUUCAAGGAGGAGAGAAGGGUUCUGGGGGGCCUUGAAGACAAGCUGUCUUUCCUCCAGAAGACACUGCAAUCCAUCCAGAACGGCCUGCACACCCUGGAGGGUCUGGCCGACUCCAAAGGAGACAAAGGUGUCAAGGACCAGCUCUUUAUCAUGGAAUACUGCAAAGUUUCUCAAAUGGUGAGUGGCGUGGGGAGUUGUGUGGAACUGUUUGAAUCUCCGGAGGAAGUUAACAUCGACCGUUUGAACUCCCUGAAGACCUGGACAGAGAAACGUCUGGACACGGUCAUUAUCAACAUGCCCGGCAAAGACCGAGACCUCUACAGGCUGCAGUAUGGAAUAAUCCCUGUCCUGGAUGAAGAUACAGCCCAUCCCAAACUGCAGCUGUCCGACAACAACAGGAAAGUGAGCUACAGCGAGACGCAGCAGGUCUACGCAGAUCACGAGUCUCGCUUCACCUCCUUCCCACAAGUCCUGGCCUCAGACGCCCUGGAGAAGGGCCGCUGGUACUGGGAGGUGAACGUGCCUGCGGACGACGGCCGCUGGAAGGUGGGGCUGUGCGAGAGCCAGAUGGAAAGGAAGGGCCAGAAGGACAGCUCCCGUCUGGGAUUCAACAGUCACUCCUGGUGCCUGGCGUAUGAUAAAAAGAGACUGGAGGCGCUUCACAACAAAGAAUCCAUCCCCGUGAAGACGGACGACCUGCAAACAAUCGGCGUGCUCCUCGACUUUGAGGAUGGCAGCUUGUCGUUUUUCAAUGCAACACCAGGGGGCAGUCUUGUUUUGUUGCAUUCCUAUAAGCACAGCUUUUCCAGCCCUCUCCACCCAGCCUUUUCAGUUUCUAAAACCCAUCUCGCCAUGUGCGACCUGUUCCAGUAGUCAGAUAUCAGCUCUGCUGUCUCUUUCAGAAUAAUUGAAUGUUUCUAUCUUUGCAUUUAGUCUUUUAAAUGUUGCAUUUAUCUAGGAUGCAGGUUCAUAUCAGUACAACAAUAAGAACAUUUUACAUUCCAAAAUAUGAUUGUUUUUACUGUAAAAAAAAUAUGUUUCUAAGUGAAAUUUGAGCUGUUCUUAUCUCUCCAUCUAAAAUCCUUUAAGUAAUUUCUCAGGUUUUUCUAAAGGAUUUCCUAAGAUGUCUUUUUAUCCAAUAAAAAGCUUCAAGCACAAACCAAAGCAUGGGUUUCUGCGUUUGGGGGGAUUCUCGCCGGAGUUCAAAUGGAGGCGCAGGUGUGGGUGAUGUUUCCCUUCAACAGGUGCUGGCUUUGAAUUCUCCCUGCCCCCACCGCCUCAGACAACAAACGCCGCCUUUGGCUCCAACUUUUUAUAGCAACGCACACAUCUUCCCCAAAACAGCCCUUCUCCUUGAGAGAUCCAAGCCUCAUUUAUUCUGAGUUGGUCGCAGACGGCGUGACUGAGGGAUCAAAGUGGCGUUUAACAGAAUUCCUCCUGGACAACCACUUCAUGAACAGCUGUCAAUGGAUCAAACUUAGUACAGCGGAGAAUGCGUCACAGUCCGUCACGACUGAAUUCAAAGACAAUGUUCAUUUGUUUCUACAGCAGCUGGGUAAACCCAUCAAUAAGCCAUCGUUCAAAAAAAAAAAAAAAA